CCAGAGUAAAAAAAAAAAAAAAAAAAAAAACAAGAUACCGCAAUUCGAGAAGAUUUGACCCUCAACGUUAUUUGUUGAUGUCUCAACAAUGAGGGAAAUCGUUCACAUCCAGGCGGGCCAGUGUGGUAACCAGAUUGGUGCCAAGUUCUGGGAAGUGAUCAGUGACGAGCAUGGCGUUGACCCGACAGGGACGUACCGCGGAGACAGUGACCUGCAGCUAGACAGGAUCAAUGUUUAUUACAAUGAGGCAACAGGUGGUAAAUAUGUGCCACGUGCUGUUCUUGUGGACUUGGAACCAGGUACCAUGGACUCUGUGAGAUCCGGACCCUUUGGACAGAUAUUUAGACCUGACAAUUUUGUGUUUGGUCAGAGCGGAGCUGGUAACAACUGGGCGAAAGGUCACUACACAGAGGGAGCCGAGGUGGUGGACUCAGUUCUGGAUGUGGUACGCAAAGAAUCGGAGAACUGUGACUGCCUACAAGGGUACCAGCUUACACAUGCUCUUGGUGGUGGAACUGGAUCGGGCAUGGGAACCCUGCUCAUCAGCAAAAUUCGCGAAGAGUACCCCGAUAGGAUCAUGAAUACGUUUAGUGUGGUGCCCUCCCCCAAGGUGUCAGACACUGUGGUCGAACCCUACAACGCCACUCUCUCCAUCCACCAGCUUGUCGAGAACACAGAUGAAACCUACUGCAUUGAUAACGAAGCUCUCUACGACAUCUGCUUCCGUACACUGAAACUGACCACGCCCACUUACGGAGACCUGAACCACCUUGUAUCCUCCACCAUGAGCGGAGUCACGACCUGUCUGCGCUUCCCAGGCCAGCUCAACGCUGACCUCCGUAAACUGGCUGUCAACAUGGUACCUUUCCCUCGAUUGCAUUUCUUCAUGCCAGGCUUUGCUCCGCUGACCAGCAGGGGGAGCCAACAGUAUCGAGCACUCACGGUACCCGAGCUCACCCAGCAAGCGUUCGAUGCCAAGAAUAUGAUGGCGGCGUGCGACCCGCGUCAAGGCCGCUACCUAACAGUUGCCACUGUGUUCCGUGGGCGAAUGUCUAUGAAGGAAGUGGAUGAGCAGAUGCUCAACGUCCAGAACAAGAACAGCAGCUACUUUGUCGAAUGGAUCCCCAACAACGUCAAAACCGCCGUCUGUGACAUUCCUCCCCGCGGCCUCAAGAUGGCCGUCACUUUCAUCGGCAACACCACAGCCAUCCAGGAGAUGUUCAAGCGCAUCUCUGAACAGUUCACAGCCAUGCUGCGCCGUAAGGCCUUUCUGCACUGGUACACGGGUGAGGGUAUGGAUGAGAUGGAGUUCACGGAAGCCGAGAGCAACAUGAAUGAUUUGGUGUCAGAGUACCAGCAGUACCAGGAUGCUACUGCUGAGGAUGAAGGGGAAGGUGAGGAGGAGGCUGAAGACGACUAACAAUGUCAGCAUUCAUUGGCAAAUGAAGAAACUGCCGUUGGCUGGUCUUCAGUGUGGCCAGGGAUAUUUUGUAGAUCUUGGAAUAAAAAUAAUUCAGCCGUGUCAUAUUAAAUGAUGUUGCUCAACAGGGCAUUCAUGUAACAUGGUAGCUGUUGAGCAAUUCCAGGUAGUCCCGGCACGUGUCUGAGUGAAUUGUUUGCUGCUUUUAUGGACAACCAGCAUUUGACGUGUUGAUAAAGACUGUCCCAGUGUUUUUUGUGGAAGGUGAAACCAUGUUCACUCAUGAGACCUGAUGUUCCAAACAUUCUCAACUCAACUGUAUUUAUAGAGCACUUUCAGACAGCCAUCGCUGCAUACAAAGUGCUGUAUAUGGAGCAACUAAUAUACAACAGCAAAGCAACAAAUCGGUAACAAAGACAUUACAAUUGAAUACAAGGCAUGCCAAAAAUGAUAUACUUCAAAUCCUGGCUACUAGUUGGCUUGAUGUCCUCCACAUCUUCUUUAAACCACAUUGAGAGGAGGUUGCUCAGCACAGCAAUGUUUUCCCCUUGUGAGCAGGCCUUUUCUCGCCCACUGAAUGAAGCAACUGUCAUAAGUGCUCUUCUGCUGGUUGAUCACCUGGCCGACAUUGAAGAGGAAGACUUGUAGUUUGGGUUUGGAAUAUAUAUAUUUUUUCCCAUAACCAGUCCUGAAUCUGUGUGUCUCUCCCAUCAAUGGUGAAUUCUCCACAUGCACACCAUGCCAGCUGAGGACUAUAGAUUUAAUUGAAAUCUUGGAAAAAGCAAAAAUGUCCUCACAAGGUCACUUUGCAGAGUCGAUCAAAAGAUCGUUUGUAUCUUAAACCCCAGUAUAUAAGCCCAGUAUUGCCUAUCUUUUCAUGCUGCGUUUAUAUGUUUAAGACAAAUGAGGUGAGUGGAUAUAUUGUCUGAAUUAGCUCACAAUGACUGGUGUUUACUGCCUAAAAACCAUAAAACCACUGACCAAAAAGCUCUUUUUUAAAGCAGCGUUUUAUGUUGUCCUCUAUUAUUAGUUUGCCUGCUCUUUAGUCUACAGUUCAUGCAGCAUAUUUCAGGCCAUGCUGGAUUGUCACACGGAAGGGAGUGGUUCUUCAAGGCACAGCAAAAAAAACGAUCGCAGGGUGAGGGUGACGGAACAUAUUGCAGUCAUAUUACCGUACAUUCACUCAGAAAUUCCACGAGAAGAAAAUAACUCCCGAUAUCAACUAAAAUUCAGACGGUAUUGUAAAUAAACAGCAUGUAAUGA